GAAUGUUAUCUGAAUAUAAAUGUUGCUUUCCACCAGACUGAAGAUAAGCAGCGGGCCUCGCAGCAGUUCUCCAAGCUGCAGGCAGCCAUGAAGGUUCUGGGGAUCAGCGGAGACGAGCAGAGGGCCUUCUGGCUCGUCCUGGGGGCCAUCUACCACCUCGGGUCUGCAGGAGCUACUAAGGCUGGCAGGAAACAAUUUGCACGUCACGAGUGGGCCCAGAAGGCAGCCUACCUGCUGGGCUGCACCCUGGAGGAGCUCUCCUCCUCCAUCUUCAAGCACCAGGCCAAGGGCACGCUGCCCAGAGCCAGCUCCAUCCGCCAGGCCUGCGACGAAAAUGGCACCGCAGACUCAGGAUCCAAGGCUUCGGGCAUGGACUGUUUAGAGGCCAUGGCAUCAGGGCUUUAUUCUGAGCUCUUCACUAUUCUCAUUUCUUUAAUAAAUAGGGCCUUGAAAUCCAGCCAGCACUCCCUAUGCUCUCUGCUCAUCGUGGACACGCCGGGCUUUCAGAACCCCCGGCUGGCUAAGCGUGAAUGCGGCGCAACCUUCGAGGACCUGUGCCACAACUAUACUCAAGAACGCCUGCAUUCCCUCUUUUAUCAGCGCACUUUCAUUCAGGAGUUGGACAGAUACAAAGAGGAGAACAUCGAGCUGGCUUUAGAUGACACCGAGCCCAGCACCUCCCUGUCUAUAGCAGUGGUAGACCAAGCCUCAAGUCAAGCACUGGUGCGGACAGUGAGGACAGAUGAGGCGCGGGGCCUGCUGUGGCUGAUGGAGGAGGAGGCGCUGCAGCAUGGGGGGUCAGAGGAAACCCUGUUGGGACGUCUCUUUAGCUACUAUGGGCCUGCCGAGGGCGAGAGCAAAGGUCACACUUUCCUCUUGAAGAGUGAAAAGGAUCAUCAUUUCCUGCUCGGCCACAGUCACGGAACCGACUGGGUGGAGUAUGACACCUGCGGGUGGCUGAACUACGCCAAGCUGAAUCCUGCAUCUACCAAUGCUACAAGCCUGCUCCAGGACUCCCAGAAGAAGAUCAUCAGCUCGUUGUUCAUGAGCCGAACUGCCGGAGCCACCGUUCUGUCCGGUUCGGUCGCUGGCCUUGAAGGCGUUUCCCAGCUUUCAUUGCGCCGGGCCACUAGCAUGAGGAAGAGCUUCACCACAGGGGUUGCUGCUAUCAAGAAGAAGUCCUUAUGUAUCCAGAUAAAGCUUCAAGUGGAUGCUCUCCUUGACAUGGUGCGCAGGUCCAGGAUUCACUUUGUUCACUGCAUAUUGCCCAAGGCAGAUGCCCUGAAGGCUCUGAGUGGAUCUCUGUUCAAAGCAGGCGAAUGUGAGGCGCAAGGGGAGGCUGGAGAUCCCGGCUUAAUGCAGCUCGAUGUAGCCUUGCUCCGUGCUCAGCUGCGUGGCUCCAAGCUGCUGGACGCUCUCCGGAUCUACAGGCAAGGUGAGGCAGCGGCCAAACUCACAUACUGA